AUGUCUGCUCCUAAAGGUCCCUUCCACUUGGUUAGCGUCAACACCGCACCCGAACGCGCCAAGCGCCUCAUCGGCCGCCUCAUCGAGGCUUUGAGCGAUCGGUACACUAUCAUCCACGUCGACAACUGCGAGAAAAUUGACGAAGUUGAGGCCAAGGUCAAGAAGCACAACCCCGAGGUUCUGUUCAGCGCCUCUAUGUGGUCUCCCGAGGAGGCCGCACAGAUCCACGAAAUCGCUCGUUCUGUUCGACCCGAUAUCAAGCUCCACGCCAUUCCCCAGGGCUUGCAGGUCGAGCGAGGGCCCGAUGCCGUUGUUGAAUAUCUGCUUGAGAAUGUGCCCACGCUGCUGGACAGCUAG